AUGAUAUUGGACAGGGCCCACUCUUCCAAACCCUCUCCUGGGAGGGAAAACAUCAUCGUGACGUUCCAGCCAUCUCUGAAUUCCCGAAUCAAACCUCCGUAUUUUCUCAUUAGCGAACCAGACGUUGAUAGGGGAAUUCCGAAACACGCCAGCAUCACCACGGCGACCAGGGGCUCCAACGUCGUACGCCAUAAAGCGAACGAGAUCUUGCGUUUCACCGAAAACAAGUGUUGCUUUUACUACAUUUACAACUUAUGUCGCCAGCGUGUAUGGUUGCUGAAUGCUUAG